AUGUCCUUAGUCCAUCUCGCUAACGUUUGCGCUCAUUUACAAAACUGUUCGAUGGCGAGAACAUCUCUCACCUCGAUCCCAUACACCAAAUUGCAUCUAAAUUUUGCGUACAACUUGUACAAGCAUGGAUUUUUGUCUACUCUGCAGAGGGGGUCGACUAAAGGACCAGAUUCGGCCGCUGUGGAGGUAACGUCGGACAAUAUCUCGACCCGUAGACUGUGGGUGGGACUCAAAUACCGGGAAAACAGACCCGUGAUAAGCACAUGUCGACUGAUCUCAAAACCCAACUUGCGUAUAGAUCUGGGCUAUGAGGAUCUGAAACAGCUGUGCACGGGCAAGUCGGUGCGUCUGAUCAAGCCGCUCCAGCCGGGCGAACUAAUUCUCGUGCGCAGUGGCAGCGAGCUCCUGGAUAUCAACGAUGCGAUCGCACGGAAGAUUGGCGGCGAGGUGCUUUGCCGCGUCAAGUGA